AUUACUCCGUUUUCUCAGUGGUGAUUUGAGGGGUAGCGGGACAAGAAAAGCGUGAGGAGCAAAACCCUACCAUAAGGAACCGCACAGUCUCACGGAGAGGAAGCACACCAAAAAUGUUGCUAUUUCAAAUUGCGACCCUGCUAUGCGCGUGCGUCCUUGCCCAGGUACCAGAGUUCAGCGAUGUGUGCACAGAGGGGAGCUGCUACCCCGCCACCGGAGACCUUCUCAUCGGCAGAGCCCACCAACUCUCUGCCAACUCCACAUGCGGCCUCCACCGGCCCGAGCCGUUUUGUAUCGUCAGUCAUUUACAGGAAGAGAAGAAAUGCUUUGUGUGUGACUCCACCGACGUCUAUGUCAAAAGCGUGGUUAACGCCACCACCGGCCACCGGGUGGAGAAUGUCGUGACCACAUUCGCCCCCAACCGCCUGAAAACCUGGUGGCAGUCAGAGAAUGGUCUUGAGAAAGUGACCAUCCAGCUGAACUUGGAGGCAGAGUUUCAUUUCACCCACCUCAUCAUGACCUUCAAGACCUUCCGGCCUGCUGCCAUGGUGAUUGAGCGGUCGGCUGACUUUGGGAAGAACUGGCAGGUGUACCGCUACUUCGCCUACGACUGUGAGUCAGCAUUCCCUGCCAUAUCCUCGGGGCCCAUGCAGAAAGUGGAUGACGUCAUCUGCGAUUCACAUUACUCCGACAUCGAACCAUCGACAGAGGGAGAGGUCAUCUUCCGAGUUUUGGAUCCAGUUUUCCGUAUUGAAGAUCCCUACAGCCCCAGAAUCCAAAACAUGUUGAAGAUCACCAACCUGAGGGUGAAGUUCACCAAGCUGCACACACUGGGAGACAACCUGCUGGACUCCCGCAUGGAGAUCAAGGAGAAGUACUACUAUGCUGUCUACGACUUGGUGGUACGGGGAAACUGCUUCUGCUACGGACACGCCUCCGAGUGCGCGCCCGUCGAUGGCGCUGGGGAUGUUGUUGAGGGAAUGGUCCAUGGCCACUGUAUGUGCAACCACAACACCAUGGGGCUGAACUGUGAGAAGUGUCAGGACUUCUACCAUGACCUGCCGUGGAGACCAGCCGAGGGACGCAAUACCAACGCCUGUAAAAAAUGUAACUGUAACCAGCACUCAGACUCGUGUCACUUCGACAUGGCAGUAUACGUCUCCACGGGUAACGUGAGCGGUGGUGUGUGUAAUGAGUGCCAGCACAACACUAUGGGACACAACUGUGAACAGUGCAAACCCUUCUACUUCCAGCACCCAGAGAGGGACAUCCGUCACCCCAGUAUCUGUGAACCGUGUAACUGUGAUCCGGUGGGCUCUCUGAACGGUGGGAUCUGUGACAAGAUGACUGAUGUGUCGUCUGGACUGAUCGCUGGCCAGUGUCGCUGCAAGCCCAAUGUGGAGGGAGAGCAAUGUGACCAGUGCAAACAGGCCCACUACGGCUUGGGAGACCACCUUCUGGGCUGCAUGGCCUGCACCUGUAAUGCCCUGGGGACAGUUCCUGGAGGGAGCCCAUGUGAUACAGACUCAGGAGACUGUUACUGCAAACGCCUGGUCACCGGGAGGGACUGUGACCAAUGUAUGCCUCAGCACUGGGGGCUAAGCAAUGACAUGGAUGGCUGCAGACCAUGUGACUGUGACCUGGGUGGAGCAAUCAAUAACGAUUGUUCCCAGGAGACUGGUCAGUGUGUGUGUCGAGAACACAUGUUUGGCCGGCGCUGUGACCAGGUGGAGUCAGGCUUCUACUUCAUCGCCCUGGACCACUACACCUACGAGGCAGAGGACGCCAAAUUUGGACCUGGUGUGACAGUAGUGCAGAGACCCCACCCUCAGGACCGUAGCCCCACCUGGACAGGGAUAGGUUUUGUCAAUGUUCCCGAGGGGGCCUACCUGGAGUUCUCCAUCGACAACAUCCCCCACUCCAUGGAGUACGACAUCCUCAUCCGCUACGAGCCUCAGUUACCAGACCAGUGGGAGGAGGUGUUGAUGACAGUGAUGCGGCCCAGUGUGAUUUCAGCUGACAGUCGCUGUGCCAACACCAUGCCUGACGACGACAACCAGAUGAUAUCCCUCCACCCCGGAUCACGAUAUGCAGUGCUCCCCAGACCAGUGUGUUUUGAGGCAGGGAUGAACUACACUGUUCGUCUGAGUCUGCCCCUCUACUCCGCACUCAGUGACGUCCAGUCCCCAUAUACACUCAUCGACUCGAUUGUGCUGAUGCCCCACUGUAAGAACCUGGAGAUCUUCACUGGUUCUGAGGGCGGUGACUUGGCCACCAGCAGUGCCUGGGACACCUUCCAGCGCUACCGCUGUCUGGAGAACAGUCAGAGCGUAGUGAAGACCCCGUCCACAGACAUCUGCCGCAACUUUAUUUUCAGCGUAUCCGCUCUGCUGCACCAGGGAGCUAAAGCAUGCCAGUGUGACCCGCAGGGCUCUCUCAGCACGGUGUGUGAUGCCAGCGGCGGGCAAUGCCAGUGUCGCCCCAAUGUAGUAGGCAGGAACUGUGACAAAUGUUCCCCUGCCACCUACCUGUUUGGACCCAGUGGCUGCAGAUCCUGUGAUUGCAAUCCCCAGGGAUCGGAGCAUGCAUUCUGCCAUGAGGCUACUGGCCAGUGUGCUUGUAUCCCCGGGGCAUACGGCCGUCAGUGUAACCACUGUUUGCCGGGACACUGGGGCUUCCCCAACUGUCGCCCCUGCACCUGCAAUGGCCACACUGAGCAGUGUGACCCCUACACUGGAGAAUGCCUGGUCUGCCGAGAACAGACCACCGGGCACAACUGUGAGAGGUGUCUGGAAGGUUACUACGGCGACCCUGUCCUGGGUUCAGGGGACCACUGUCGUCCCUGUAUGUGUCCGGACGGGCCAGGUAGCGGGCGGCAGUUUGCCGGUGGAUGUUACCACGGUUUGGACUCUCACUACCAGGUGUUUUGUAUCUGCAGCCCUGGAUACAGAGGUGCCAGAUGUGAGGAGUGUGCCCCAGGUUACUAUGGAAAUCCCCAUGAGAACGGCGGGCAGUGCCAACCAUGCCAGUGCAACAACAACAUUGACAUGCUGGACCAGGAGUCCUGUGAUGCCAGGACGGGUGAAUGUCUCAAAUGUCUCUACCACACCGAGGGUCGAGGCUGCCACAGCUGCAAGCUGGGUUACUAUGGAGAUGCCCUCACACAAAACUGCAGAAAGUGUGUGUGUAACCACCUGGGUACCAACCCAGCCACGUGCCCGGCAGUGGGCGACUGCCACUGUGAUCUGGGCAGCGGGCAGUGCCAGUGUCUACCAAAUGUGGUGGGUCAGCACUGUGACCAGUGUGCCCCCGACACCUGGAACAUGGCCAGCAAGAGGGGCUGUGAAUCUUGCGACUGUGACUCCAACCACUCAUUUGGAACGUCCUGCAACGAGCUGAGUGGCCAGUGCUCCUGUAAACCUGGCUUUGGGGGUAAAAUGUGUCAGGAGUGCAGAGAGCUGUUCUGGGGAGACCCUGAAGUCAAAUGCAAUGCGUGCGACUGUGACCCACAAGGCAUUGCCGAGCAGCAGUGCAACAAGGCCAACGGUCACUGUGUGUGCUUGGAGGGUGUGUCUGGUCCCCGCUGUAAUCUCUGCGCCCGGGGCUACUCUGGCACCUUCCCCUACUGCGAACGCUGCCACCAGUGCUUCGCCGACUGGGAUGUGAUCGUAGGUCAGCUGACCAACCAGACCCACAGGCUGGUCAACAAGGUGAACACCAUCAAGGCCAGCGGCAUCACCGGACCAUACAAACAUGCCAUAGAUAAUAUGGAGCAGAGUGCCGGGUCCAUAAGAACUAUCCUGGCCCAGAACCCGGCUACACAGCCACUGUCAGAGAUACAGCAGCUACUGGAGCAGGCCACAGAUCUAAUGGAAGAGAUGAGCAACAAGUUGAACCUCACUGAGGAGGCGUUGGCCCAGGUAUCAUCUGAUGACAACAGCACCAACACCAAACUGGACUCUCUCAAAGAGGACGCCCAGAAACUGGAUCGCACCGUCAAGGAGCUGCUGGACCAAGUUGAGCUAAUCAAGAACUCUGAUGUUCGGGGAGCGACAGACAGUGUCACAAAGUACUACCAGCAGUCUCUGGAUGCUGGGGCUCAGGCCAACGCCUCCACCACCGACCCAGGCAACCCCGUGGAGAGCUCUUUCGUUCUACGACAAGCUACGGAGGACAAGAUGAACGACACCAGGGACGAGUUCCACAGGCGGCAGGAAGAACACGCCAAGAGACUGGAUGACCUGGCGGAUCGGCUGGAGACAUUGGACCUAUCAGAACUCAGCGAGAAGACGUGCGGCAGCCCUGCUGGUGAGGCGUGUGCAGACUCUCCGUGCGGGGGUCUGAGUUGUGUGGACUCUGAGGGGAACAGGAGGUGUGGGGGCGAGGGGUGUGACGGUCUGGUCACCCUGGCCAACAAUGCCUGGCAUAAGGCCAAGGACUUUGACCAGGAGAUCCUCACGGCCAUGGAGGAGGUGGACAAGCUCUCCAAGAUGGUGUCAGAGGCCAAGGUGAAGGCAGUCGAGGCCAAGCUGAGUGCCCAGGACGUGCUGCUGAAGACAAACGAGACCAAGCAGCGCGUGGACCAAAGCAAUGAGGAGCUGCGUAGCCUCAUCCGACAGAUCAAAGACUUCCUCACACAGGAUGCAGCAGACAUGGAGAGCAUCGAGGCAGUGGCCAACGAGGUGCUGGCCAUGCAGAUGCCCAGCACGCCAGCCCAGCUCCAGAAUCUGACAGACGAGAUCAGGGAGAGGGUGCGAGACCUGGCCCAAGUGGAGACUAUCCUCAACCAGAGCGCUGACGAUGUGCAGAGAGCCGAGAACCUACUGAAGCAGGCAGGCAGAGCCAGUAAAGAGGCUACAGAUGUGAGGGAAACAGCAGAGAUGGUGAAGCAGGCUCUGGAAGAGGCUGAGCGUGCCCAGAAAGCAGCAGCAGAGGCCAUCAAACUGGCCACCACCGACAUUAAAGGCACAAAUGACCUCCUGUCCUCAGUGGAGUCGGAGACAGCGGACUCAGAGUUCAAGCUGAACAACGCCACCCAGAGGCUGCUGUGGUUAGAGAAAGACAUCACACUGCUCAAAGAGAAGGCACUGAACACCUCGCUUAGCUCUGAACAAACCGAGAGAGAUGCAGAGAGCAUCAACAAAGUAGCUGAGCAGGUCAAAAAGGACCUGGACUCGGAGCUGAAGGACAAGUACAGCACCGUGGAGGACCUGAUCAAACAGGAGGCCGGGGGCGUGGCCGACGCCAAGAAGAGGGCGGAGAUUCUACAGCAGGAAGCCACAGACCUUCUGCUACAGGCCAGUGACAAGCUGCAGCUACUGAAAGAUUUAGAGAAGUCCUACGAGGACAACCAGAAGACUCUGGAAGACAAGGCCAACCAGUUGGUGGAUCUGGAGAAGGCUGUCAAAGAGCUGCUGCAGGAGAUCAGUCACAAAGUCACCGUGUACAGCACCUGUCUGUUUUAAACACAACCCCCAGUCCGGGGUUGUGAAGAAAACUGGUUCACAAAGCAAAAUGAAUCCCAACCAAGGAAUAGGGGCCAUUUUAAACCAGAAGAUAUUUAAUAUUACUGGCACAGAGCCCCCAGAGACUGGACACAUUAAACGUACCACCCACUCACACUCCCUGGUUUCAUCAUUUGAAAUCAAAGAUUACUGUUUACUUUUAUACUGUUUCUAAGUCCAACAAGUGGUAUUCGUGUGGAAAAAGCAGGGGAUAAAAAAGAAGUAAUCUGUUUCUAUUUGUAGGAAACAAGGAGAACGAAUAAGUGAAAAUCAGAAUCCUGCCAAAGAGUUUACCAGCCAAGCUACAGCCAACAUUAAGAUACACAGUGCCAGCUAGACAUCAUCGCCUACAUAUACAAAGUGACAUGAACCAGCCAGACUUUACAACUACCUUGUUUGGCAGUACUUCUAGCACACAGUAUGUGUGAGAAUGUUAUGGUUCGAAUUUUUGAGAAUGAGAGCUUUGAGGCGAAUUUGUGCAUACGGAUAUUUGGAAUACGAAAAAGACCAUCCUCCUAACAUUUUAAAAUAGAAAGGAAAAUGUGCAUUGUUUUGAAAUGAUUGCAAAGAAAUUCCCUCUCCAUUUAAACCAAUUAUUUUUCUUGAGCUUGAAAACCAAUGUUUUGAGGGCUGAAAGCAUGAAUGUAAAGGUUUGACUUAACUUUUUACCAUGAGACUGGAUUAUUUUGUAUAUUUGUAUGCAACAUUGUAUGAACCAACUGGUUACUUUCAAAGUUACCUUGACCAAAAACUUGACCAACAAAUGUAUUUUCAAUUUGGAGGAAAAAAAACGUCCCAUUUGAAAUCCCAUCAAAUAUGUGUUACAUCUUGACAAAUUCUGAGAGUUAUUGUUUUUAAACAUAUUUACUAUUUUGAGCCUUAGCCUCUCACCUUAACACUAUAGUGUACCUGUUAUGGUAAAAUGGGGAUGUGUUUGUGGGGCCUCAGAGUACUCCUGGGAGGCAGCCACAUACAGAGGAGACCUUCUGUGUACACUAAGCAUUAGAUCCAAUGCUUUGGCUAGAUCUGAAACACAAGAGACAUUAAGCUACUCACAAUUUUGUUUUUAUCCUUGAUUUAUUCUCUUAUUUUUUGUUGUAUAGUGUCCUUGUUAUUUUAUUUUUAACAGGUGUUUUAAAACCAAUGUAUUACAAUUAUUAGUGCUAGCAUAGGGCAAUUGUGACAGGACACUUCAUAAAUUCUCAUAAUAUGCCACAAAUUUCAA